UUCAGCUUGUCCGAUGCGGCCGCUUCGGCUUUACGUGAUUUUUACUUGGAAUUACGUCGGAAUCGGCACUCUCGAGAUACAUUUCCAGUCACCAUGAGACAGUUGGAAUCGUUAAUACGCCUGACAGAAGCUCGGGCUCGAGCUGAACUACGCGAGGAGGCUACGAGACAGGACGCCUUAGAUGCUUGCGAACUUAUGCGAGCAACCGGUCUUGGAACGGGUUAUGUCGGUGAAACUCCAGCAAAUGCCACACUCAGUCAAAUAGCCCGAACGAUCCCACAAACUUCCCGACGUCUUACUUCAAAUUCCGGCCCGGCAGCCGCAAGACGUUUACUGUCUGCUCUGGAGAGUUGUUGGAGUGUGUCAGAGAACACAAAGUCUAAGGAUUUUCGCAAGAAACGUUUCAAAAAACAAAAGGGUGAAUAUCUGGCUGCCAAAGAUCCACCACCAGAAAUUUUGAAGGAAAUUCAGAAUGAAGAAGAGGACGCCCUGAAAUCGAAACCAGAUGAAAACUUGAACACGCUUACACAAGAUGAACUUCUGAAUAAGAGGCAAAGUUAG